CUUGAACUUCCGUUCGCGCGAACACGGCUCUCUCUACGCACGCACUCUGGUUUUCUGUGUGUGUGACCGGGAGGAGCGGAGGUUGUGGAACUUGGGCAAAGAGUUUUCAAACCAGAGCGUGGAUUGAGUGAGAGUUGAGUAGGGCAAGAUGGGAGAGCGGAAGGUCCUGAACAAGUAUUAUCCGCCCGAUUUUGAUCCGGCUAAGAUCCCUAGGCGGAAGCAACCGAAGAACCAGCAGAUCAAGGUGCGGAUGAUGCUUCCCAUGAGCAUCCGGUGCAAUACUUGCGGGAACUACAUCUACAAGGGUACCAAAUUCAAUUCCCGGAAGGAGGACGUCGAGGGCGAGACAUAUUUAGGUAUACAGAUUUUCCGAUUUUACUUUAAGUGCAGUAAGUGCUCAGCCGAACUGACCAUGAAGACCGACCCGCAAAACAGCGACUACAUCAUGGAAACUGGAGCAUCACGAAAUUAUGAGCCUUGGCGUGCCACAGAUGAGGCAACAGAUGAGGCGGUGAAAAAAAGAGAGGCAGAGGAGCUGGGUGACGCGAUGAAGGCUCUAGAGAAUCGGACGUUGGAUUCUAAACAGGAGAUGGACAUUAUGGCUGCAUUAGACGAAAUGAAAUCCAUGCGAUCUCGGCAUGCAACAGUUGCUGUGGAGGACAUGAUGGCAGCUCUUCGUCGCACAGCUGCCGAGAAGGACAAAGAACUAGAAGAGCAGGACGAAGCUGUAAUCAAGUCAGUUAUUUUUCAGAAUUCCAGCAAAUUUGUGCGGCGCAUUGACGAUGAUGACUUGGAAGAUGACGGUGAUGAGCAUUAUGAUGAAGAAAGCUCACUUAAUCAUGCCAAGUCCAUGAAUGGUGAAGGUUUUGUCAAGAGAAGAAAGGUUUUAGAUCCGCAAGUCAAGACAGGGCCGGCACUGGCCAGUGAAAUACUCGCUAUCCCUGUUCUAGAAGCUGAAGGUAAAGGUAGCAUUGGUACUGCGAAGGCUCCAUCGUUUGCAGUGAGUUUGAAACCAGUUGCGUUCAACAUAAAGCCCAAAGCAGGCACGGUGUCAAUAUCAACAAAAGAACAAUCGGCAAAAGGUCAAAUUGGUGAACAGGCUGCAGGUUUACCUGAGGUCACAGUUGAAAAGGACGAUCAACAACCCUCUGGCGCUUUUAACUCCCUUGGUUUGGCUUAUGGAAGUAGUGAGGAUGAUUCUGAAUAGCAUCUGCAACUUUUACCUCAGUGUAUUAUAUAUUCUGUUCCUUCUCAGAAUUAUCCGAAAAAGUUGAUCCAGCGAAGGUUGAGCAUUAGAGCCCUGAACAGAUGGAGUUUGCGCUCACCCAUUUCGUAUGCCAUGUGAUUGUGAUCAGCACGGAGAUUUUAUUAAAUCUUGUAAUUUUUUUCAUCGUCAAGGUUUUUGCUCAGUGGAGGUGCUUUAUCGA